UACUUUUGGAACGCACCCGUGGAGUUGGCAGUAACACGCCUUAUUGUUGGCCUUCAACCGCGGAAGAAGAGACGAAGAAGAAGUGGCAGCUUGUAAGACAACUUUCUACUUCCCGGUCCUCCCAGCUGGGAAACAUGUUCCGUGUGGGAUCACGGGGACCCGGGCUGAGGGGCCUGCUAUCGGACGCGUUAGGGAAAUAAAGAGAGGCUCGUCGGUUUAGACCAUGCGGGCAACUUUAAUCCGGAGGCUGGUGAAGUUACUCAGCGCUGCCGCUGUGCUGGCCCUGACUGCGCAUAUCUUAGCCAGCUCACUGAGUAAACAGACGCCAGAGCCCAGCCCGCUUCCCCCGGAGGAGUACCGUCUCGUAGACCCUCAGACAUACCGCUACCUCCUCAAUCAGCCCAGUGUUUGCAGGCACAGGAGCCCCUUCCUACUGUUCAUGGUGCCCGUGGGGGCUGAGGACGCUGCGGCACGGGAGGCCAUCAGGAAAACGUGGAGCGCCUCUGGCCGGGACACCCUCACUCUUUUCUUUGUGGGGAUCCCACAGAGGCCACAGAUGUCGGCCCUCCAGCAGAAACUGGAGGAGGAGAGCAGGCAGCAUGCAGACAUCGUCCAGUGGCUGAGGAACUCCCCCAAGGAGAACUUCAUCACAGGGUCGGUGAUCCAGGAUGGCAGGCCACGGCGGGAGCCCAACAGCAAGUGGUACGUGUCAGAGGAGCUAUAUCCAGAGGAGAGCUUCCCCUCCUACGUGUCUGGAGCCGGUUACGUGUUCUCCGCUGACCUGGCAGCCAGGAUCUCCUGGGCCUCCAGGUUUGUGCGGGUCAUCCCUUUGGAGGAUGUCUAUGUGGGCUUGUGCUUGCGGAUGCUGGGUGUCAGGCCUGUGUACGCCUACAGCCUGCCGUUCUUCAGAAGCCUGUUCGAAAUCAAAAACCUGAAGUACGACAGGUGCACCUUCGCCAAGUUGAUCAUUGUUAAUGGCUUUAAGGCACCAAAGCUGCUGAGGGUUUGGCAGGACUUUGCCAAAAGCCACGAAAGAUGCUGAUCACAUUUACCUGGUGCCUUACCAGGCAAUUCUAAGAGAGUAAGUCUGCUGCAAAGGAAAGAAGGCCAGCUGAUACACAGAGGUUAGGGUGGCAAACAGCAUCAGCUGAUCAGUCUAUCAACAGAAAAAUAUCUUCUUGAAAACCUUUUAGGUCUUAGUUUAGACUCAUCCUCAUCAGUCUCCUUACUCAAUACUGAAUAUUUGGCUUUUCAUAAACAGAAUUAUAGCAGAUAUGUUUUCAAAUCUACUAAUAAAAAGAAAAAUAGGAACAUUUUUGUAUUAACACUCAACUCAAAAGUUGAGCAAGUACUCAUUUAGGCUAUAAAAAACCCUUUUGUGAUAAGUUAAGUGUUUAAUUUAUUUCUGUGCCAAAAGUUUGGCGGUUCCACCUUGUCAAAUGUGACACUUUGAUAUUUCCUUUUUGUCAUAAAUUACACUAAACUCAAUCAGAUGAGUUGCUGAAGAAUAUGAUCGCUGUAGGGAAAGUGAGAAUGAAAAUGGUUGUUGCCUUAAAUUUUAAAACUGAUGAGGAAAGAAAGUAUGUUGAAAAGUUGCUCAACUCAGACAUGUCAGUAACAUCAAAGAUCAGAUGUGCCUAAACACUGAUCAGAAUAAAACCCUGCCAGUGAGUACUGAUCUACCUCCUUGGGUUAAGGCCACGUUAAGACACAGCUUUAAACCUUAGCUUCAGUUAGUAAGUCACACAUUCAUUUAAAAAAUGACUUGCCACCUUUUUUACUUUGUGAUAUUAUUUUUUGACCCAAAAAAUAAUCAAAGAGUUAAAAAUGUGACCGAAUUUUCUGUUUGACUCAUCAGUGGGCUUAACAUCUAUGUUACAGUCCCUUCCUUGAGCAAUCAACAGUUCUGUGAUAUUUGAAAGAAAAUGUGUAUUCACUGCAGUGUUUCAGCUUCUUUUACUGCUCCUAGCCUAUGCCAAAGAAGUGCUUUUAUACCAAAGGUUCUUUGAAAGUAUUCUCCUGUUAGUGCCUGAUGGGUUUAGGGUCUAUGUGUACGUGGAGUCACAAAACCCAGCACAACACAGUACUUUUUGCUUCCUGUUUGAAUUGGCGACAGGAAGUUAUGGUAAGUCGCUCAGUUAAGACUCAUGGAUGCCUCCUCCUCUGAAGCAGUUUGCCCUUUUUAGAGUUCAGCAGCAAAAAAACAAAACAAAACAAAACACAGCAUUUCAAGAGAGCAAAGCUGCACUGACACACACAUUUCUAACGCAAAGCGUUCGGUGACUAGUCAUGUGUUGUCUGAAUUAACAUUUUGUUUUUGUGUGUUUGUCAGAUUUAGAUUAAGAUCAAAUCACGGUCCUCAUACCUGCACCGUGACGUUUGUUUGUACUGCAGAGAAAAAUACCAAAGAUACCUCACCAGUGGCUCGUGCACUGCACUUUAAGACGGGUUUGUUGGAAUGAUUCUCGAUGUGUUAAACAAAAAUGUCUAAAUUGCACUGAUUACUUUAUACUGCAAUCAAGCUAUGUGUAUCCCGCAGCUUUUUUUGUCAGGGUCCCGUUUACUCAUGCAUAGUAGUCAUACAUGACAAACCAGCAGGUGGCAGUAGUGACUUGAAGAUGAGAAAUCAGGUUUACUGCUGGUGAUUUAUUGUGAUAACUGUAGGGUGUUGCAGGGAUAAAAUGGUACCUGUGAGUUGGUUCAAUGUAAUUUUUGCCUGUCAAACAGGGAGCCUGAUCAUCCCUGUUUAAUAUUACUGCUGCUGCUCCUUUGCCAACCUUGACAAAUGCUGUUUCUAUUUAGCGUGUAUAAUUUUUAUAUAAAUAAAAGUUUUGGAAAAUG